AUGGGAUCUCGAGCUACCAGAUCACUAGAGUUCUGGAGCAACCGUCUUGCCGCUACCGACCCUCCCCUCGAAAUCUCCCAGACACGCGUACCCGAGAUACCUGACCAGACCGAGUUCCUGGAGCGAUGGUGGGAGUUUCACCAGGGCUAUCGCAUUGCGAAGCUGCCGGAUGGGACUGAACAACGCAUGCCUGUUAUAGGGGAGCCAUUCCGAGAAGUCAGCCCCGGCUUCCUUCCGCGAACAUUGGAUCAGUUGAGGGCUGGGGUGGAGAACGAUGCGAGCAGACCAGAGAACCGACUUAGAAGAAGACGGUUAAGCUCUGAAGAGGAGCGACCAGAGCAGCCACACCAGAGUCUAGAAGACGCGCUGGAUGAUCUACUGCAAGAGACGGAGGAGACGGAGGUUUCGCACACAGAGCCCAUGGCACCAGCAGAACCACGAACUUCCGUCACACCACAAAUACAGGAAGAGCCGUCAGAGCCCCCACGGCCAAUGACACGACGAGAAGCGCAGCAACAAAAUCGGCGAGAGCGAUUCGCACGCGUAUUCGGCUCCCGGGAGGAACUGGAGCAGGACGACUACGAGUCACCGCUUACACAAAUGUACACACGAGCCUACGCCCGCCAACGCCAGGCCGACCAACGAAGAGCAGACGGGACCGAAAUCGCACCUCCACUGGACGGCCUAUCCCCACAAGAUCGACGAGAAAUCGAGGAACAGCUACUAUGGGGUGUCAUGCGAGAGUCGCAGUCAUUUGCAGAGACUCUAGAGCCAGAAAGCCAAGUCUGGAGUUAUGCGCCCCGGCGCCCAAAUCUUGAGAACAACGACGUAUCCCGCCCAGACCUGGAUCUAGAGACAAUAUUAGCAAUGCCCGGCGGCGGGGAUGCAGCAACCAGACCCGCAACUGUGGCGUCGGCGCUCGAAAUACUAUCCAAUGUGCGCGCCUCGGCUCUCCUUGAGCCCGGCAUGCGCAGUACACGUCUCCAGCACAGCCAGAACUACCGCUCGUGUCGCUUGACAGCCAACCUGAUCGGCCAGAUCCAAAGACGGACGCGGAAAUGA